GAGAAAGGAGAGUGGAAAUCUGAUCUGCUGGCGCGGGACGAGCUUCCUCCAAAGAAGCCUGGAACUGUGCGAUUGGUGCUGGUAUCCGACACGCACGAAAGGCAUGCGGGGAUUCGCCUACCUGCUUGCGAUGCUGUGCUACAUAGCGGAGAUAUCCUUGCCAGCAGCCGAUGGGCACCACAAGUGCACGCCGAGGAUGUCCUGAAAGACUUUGGGGAUUGGCUGCGAGCUACAAAGUGUUCGUCGCGGUUCGUCAUUGCAGGGAAUCACGACUACUGGAUCGAGCACUUGGGGCACGAAGCGGUGCAAGAGCUUUUGGGAGAUGGUGUGCAGUAUCUCGAGUUUUCCUCUGGCUCUUUUCGCGCGCGCCUGGAUCCAUCUUCAAGCAGUGAGGUUGAGGUCUCCGUGUUUGGGGCACCCGUGUCCGCCGGAAAGAGCCCAAACCGGGCCUUCCAGCACACAGAUGCCGUGGAGCAGCUAAAGUCAACCUCGCCGGACAAGUCCGACAUCCUCAUGACGCAUGGGCCGUUGCUGUCUGGGUCCAAGAAAGGGCUACGAGAAAUUGGCGCAGUGCUGCAACGGAUGCAGCCGUCAUUGCAUGUCUGCGGCCACGUUCACUGGCGCUGGGGGACCAUCGUGCCCAUGUCAGAUUAUGUCAGCGCCCCUGGCGUUUCCAUCAAUGCCUCCAUCAUGCGCAGCGUGGGAAAGAUACAGGGCCAGCGUCCUCUCAAUGCGCCCAUCGUGUGCGACCUCCCCCUACAUGGCAAGCUUCCGGUCGCACCGGCCAACGACACGUGCAGCUAG